AUGUCUCGCGGCUCAUCAUCCGGCUUCGAUCGCCACAUCACCAUCUUCUCACCGGAGGGGCGUGUCUACCAGGUGGAGUACGCGUUCAAGGCCAUCAACAGCACCAACUUGUCGGCGGUGGCCGUGAAGGGAAAAGAUACGGCUUGCAUCGCCGUUCAAAAGCGCGUCCCGGAUAAGCUGAUCGUGCCCGAGUCCGUCUCAUCGGUCUACCAAAUCUCGCCGACGGUCAGCUGCUGCAUGUUGGGCAUUAUUCCGGAUUGCAAGUUCCAAGUUCGUCGUGUCCAAAUGGAGGCCGCCCAGUGGAAGUACAAGAACGGCUACAACAUGCCGCUCGAGCAGCUGGCACGCCGUAUUGCCGAUCUCAACCAAUUCUACACCCAAAACGCCGAGAUGCGCUCCUUGGGCUGCGCUAUGUUGAUGAUCUCGUUUGACGACGAGGAUGGACCGCAGGUCUAUCGUGUCGACCCAGCCGGUUACUACCGAAACAUGAAGGGCGCCGGGCUGGGCGUGAAGGGCAAUGCCAUCAAACUGGCGCUCGAGAAGAGGAUGAAAAAGCAAUCCGACUAUGACCAUAAUGGAGCCAUUCAAUGUGCGCUCGAGACGCUACAGGAAAGCCUUGGCAAUGAUGUGCGUGCCAGCGAUAUCGAAGUGAUCUACGUCACAAAGGAAAAGCCCGGCUUCAACCAACUCAACGCGCACGAGAUCGAAGCUCAUUUGGUGGCGAUCGCCAACCGCGAU